AUGGCCAGUGAGCUGCCACGCGCAAGAACCUGGGCGGCACGGGCGGCAUCUGCUGCGCUGGCGGCAGCCUCCACAAACAUCCCGGCGGUCGCCACUGUACCCAACGACACUCCCCAGGCCACAGCCCUGCAGUCGCGCGAAACAGCAAAGGAAGGAGCUCUGCAUACUGCGCUGCAGUCCCUCCCUCCAAUGCCGGCUGGGUGGAAGCCUGGGGAUCCCAUUCCUGGUCUGACGCCCGCUGCAGCCCCUGGAUCCGCCGUCAACUCCCCGGAACCCCAACCCAUGCGAGCCCCGGCCCCAGCCCCACUCCUCAAGUCUUUGGACUUUGUGUUGAAUGCAGACUUCGACCCUGGAGAACUGGAGUUUGGCGACGGGAGCAGCAGCGAGGACGACAGCUCUGAUGGGGAGGAAAGCUUCUGA